GCUAUCACUGCUCCACUGCGACACCUCACGGAUGAGUUCAUCAUACACUGGUGUGCAUGGUAUCUGAAAGAAUCGACCUUCUGAUUGAGGUUAAUGUUUUUGCAGCGCUGGACCCAUUGGGUACGUACGUAGUUGGCUUGCUGCAUAACUACUAGUCACGGCAUUAUGGACAUGCUGGCAACUAGAACCACAUGGUUGGCCAUAGGUAUCCUUUUCAUAAUUGUAGUAGGCACCAAGAUUUUAAGAUGGAAAAGCAGUGUCCAUCCAUUGUCCACAAGACCACCUCCACCUAUCGUGAAUGUCCUUGGUCUCUUACCUUCACUCUUUAUCAAGGGUUUUGGGGUUACAAUCAAUGAUUUGUACACAAAGUUUGGCAGUGUAUUUACAGUAAGUUUGUUUGGACCAAAGAUAACCUUGUUGGUUGGACCAGAGGUCUCAACUCAUUUCUUCCAAGGGUUGGAGUCAGAUAUUGACGUUCGUAAAUUUAUGGAGGUCACCAUUCCCAUCUUUGGCCAAGAAGUUUUUUAUGGUGUAGAUACCGCAACUUGCAGUGAACAAUUAAACUUCAUCGUUGAUGCGCUAAAGCCUUCCAAGCUGCGGAGCCUCGUUGAUCCCAUGUCUCAAGAAGUAGAGGCCUACUUUGCAAAGUGGGGACAAGAUGGCAUAGUUGACCUUAAACAUGAACUCGAGCAGGUACUCAUGUUUAUCUCAAGUCGGUGCCUACUCGGAUAUGAGGUUCGAGACAUGAUGCUGGAAGAAGUAUACUCAUUAUUCCAUGACCUUGCAAAUGGCUUGAACUUUCUCAGUUUCUUGUUCCCAUAUACUACAACCCCGAGAAACCGCCGACGAGACAAGGCACACAUCAGGCUGAAAGAAAUUUUCACUGCAACCAUCAGGUCACGUAGAAGCUCCGGCCGAGUCGAGGACGAUGCACUGCAGAGGUUGAUGAAUUCCAAGUACAAAGAUGGUCGCUUUACAACCGAAGCAGAAAUUUCUGGCAUGAUCAUGGGCCUCGUCGUUGCCGGACACAUCUCAAGCACUAGCACUAGUACAUGGACUGGAGCUUGCAUGUUGAGCAACACCAAGUUCUUAAUAGCUGCCAUGGAGGAGCAAAAACAUAUCAUUAGCAAGUACAAGAACCAAAUAGGCUACGAAGCCUUGUCGGAGAUGGAUACCCUGCAUAGAUGCAUCAAGGAGGCAAUUAGAAUGCAUACAUCAGCACCAGUUUUAGUUCGCAAGGCACAUACAAAAUUCAGGGUGCAUACCAAGGAAGGCGAGGAAUAUGACAUACCUGGGGGGCAUAAUAUUCUAGUCCCUACUGCACUCAACAAUAAGCUAGCACACAUUUACAGUGACCCUCAUCUGUAUGACCCGGAUCGGUUUGGCCCUGGAAGAGAGGAGGACAAAGUUGGUGGCAAGUACUCUUUCACAACAUUUGGUGGUGGAAGGCAUGUUUGCCCUGGCAUGGCCUUGGCAUACCUACAAAUUAAGGUGAUAUGGAGCCAUUUGUUAAGAAAUUUUGAGCUCAAGCUAAUAUCUUCAUUCCCUAAGGCUGAUGGGAGCAAGAUGAACCAAGAGCCUAAAGGAAAAGUAAUGAUAAGUUAUAAGCGACAUCAACUUCUGUGAUGCUAGUUGUUGUUAAAGUAGUAAUGUUUAUCUACCUAUUUGUCUGUUUGCAUUCAAGUAUUUUUCAUGUGCGAAUUAUGUGUAAUCGUUCGCAUAUAUUUUCAUGUGUGGCGCCACAUACCAGAGACGGAGGAGACCAAAUUCGGCAUCGCCAGGAGUCGAUUGCCCCUAGUUAUUAUUAAUUUAGAGUAAGAAUUUGGGUAUGGAAAGGUUCGUCCCGAAGAAGGUUUUCCUGCUGUCUCCAAAUUCAGUUAGAGUUGUUUCAUUUUACUCCAAGUUGUAAUUGCUUUAUAAGCCAUCCCUAGUCGAUCAAUACAAGCUACCAAGUUGAAUA